GGUCGCUGGUGAAUGCUGAGUGCACUUUUCGGAGGAUCCUACCGCGAAGAGUAACAGAAAGAAAAGAAGAACAAAAAGGCCAGAGCAUAAGAACCACACACGGAACACAGAGGGCGUACAGGGUUUCUUCGACACCGGACGGCGACGUGAGUGUGCGAGACGAAGGGAGCGAGGAAAAUAUUUUUGGGAAGCAGAGUGAUCUUGCCAUCCUUCGGAAGACGGUUUCGGGUGAAAGAGAAUUUUUCGGCUUUUCCUCUUUCCUGUGACACGCAAUGGACACUUCGUCGAUCACCGUGCAGGCACAGUACUCCUUCAAGGGUUCCAACAACGAUGAGCUGUGCUUCAAGAAGGGCGAAAUCAUCACUCUAACACAACGCGAAGAGGGCGGUUGGUGGGAAGGAACGCUCGGCGAUAAGACCGGGUGGUUCCCGAGCAACUACGUGAAGGAAUAUGCCGGUCCACUGCCCCUGUCGGAAACGAUACGACCACCGGAGGAAAUCCAAGCGUUCCGGUCGGUGGUGUACCGUGAUCUGUUGGAAAGCGAAAAGGCGCACGUUGCCGAACUGCGCGGGAUGGUUGAGAAUUUCCUCGAACCACUGGAGACCAGUCAAAUCCUCUCCGCCAGCGAGUACACGCAGUUGAUGUGCAACUUUGUCGAAGUGGUCGAAAUGCACGAAGAGUUCUUGCUCGAGCUCGAGGAAUCGAACGACCGAGUGGGGAAAACGUUUCUCUCGAAGGCGCCGACGAUGAAAAAGCUGCACCAAGCGUACUGUGCCGCCCAUCCCCGAGCCAUUGUAGUAGUGGAUAAGUUUCGCGAGGAGUUGAAUGUGUUCAUGGAAAAGCAGGGAGCCGCCAAGCCGGGUCUGUUGGUGCUAACUACGGGGCUGUCGAAGCCCUUCCGACGGGUCGAUAAGUACGCCGCGAUACUGCAAGAGCUCGAGCGGCACAUGGAAAGCGGACACCCGGAUCGGGGUGACACGCAGCGCAGUAUCGCCGUGUACAAGGAUAUUGCGUCGUCCUGUUCGGCCACACGGCGACAGAAGGAGCUCGAGCUGCAGAUACUGACCGGGCCGGUACGUGGUUGGCAGGGUGCCGAACUGAGCACGCUGGGCGACAUCCUGCACAUGGGCAGUGUUGCCGUCGGACCGGAGCACAAAGAUCGCUACCUGGUGCUGUUUCCGCAAACGCUGCUGAUACUGAGCGUCAGCCAGCGGAUGAGUGCGUUCAAGUACGAGGGCAAGCUGCCACUAACGGGCAUCACCGUCAGCCGGCUGGACGACACGGACCAAAUAAAGCACGCGUUUGAAAUCAGUGGGCCGCUGAUCGAUCGCAUCGUUGCCGUGUGCCAAGGGCCAGCGGAAGCGAAUCGUUGGGUCGAGCUGCUCGGUGCAAAGUCGGGCCACAGCAGCAGUGCGGGAUCGGAGCAACAGACCAGUGGCAGCGCGGUGGCCGAUUUGAAGCGCAACGUUAGCAGCUCGGCGGUUAAUAUACCGCAGCCUCCACCACACAUGUCACCACCGGCCCCGGCAACCAGCAGCACCGGCACCACCGGGAGCAGCCAUCCGUCCCGAAGCGGAACGUCCAGCAUCGUGCAGCACAUGUCGCAACACAAACGCAGCCAAUCGUUCAACCACCACCUAAGCUACAAUCAGGUGGUCCAGCAGCAGCAACAACAGCAACUAAAGCAACAUCCACCGAAUCCAAGUCUGUUACCUUCCCAGAGCUCCCUGAGCACGGCGGGCCGUCCCGAGGCAAACCUGGUGCCGGUGGUGGUGGCAAGUCCAAAAAAUUUUUCGGAAAGAGCUAACUGGAACAUCACCAACCUAAGACCGUCUCCUCCACUGCGUCCAGCGUUUCUCAGCUCGAUCGCGACCGGUGGCAGUGGCGGUGGCGGAACCGGACGCAGCGUAAGCAUCACCGGAAGCAUCGGUGGAGCCGCUGGGAGUUGCGUUGGGGGAGGUAGUGGCCAUGGCGGUGGUGCUGGCAGUGGUAGCGGUUCGCUCAACAAUUCCGACGGUGCCAGCCAUCAUCAUCCUCAUCACCACAGUUUGUCGUUCAGCCCGAGCGCCAAGCUAUCGCCCACGUACGAGGAGGACGCUUUGGUGCUGCGCGUCAUCGAGGCGUACUGUGCCGCCUAUCAGAGCACCUCGCGCAACACGAUGCACUCAGCACUGUUGCCGUGGACGCCCUGUCUGCCGAUCCGCGGCGGAAAGCUGAAAACGAGCAAACACUUUUCCUCGUCCAACCCGCAGCUACCGUUGUUCGCGUGCUCGUCCCUGUCCUCCUAUCUGCCGGCGGCCGUGGGCAGCGGUGGCAUCAAGAACAGCCGUACGCACACCUCGACGAACAGCAUCAACUCGUCGCACAUUUGGCGCGAAGCGAGUCCGAACAGUUUCAAUCUGUACGCGGCAUCGAUCGCCACCCUUACGGUCGGCCCUCACAAUCAGCAGCAGCAGCACCAGCAGUACCAACUGGCCCAGGCGCAAAAGCAAAAGCAACGUGCCCGUUACUCGAUCGGGGGCUACGGUAGCACCGAGUGGCGCUCGCACUCGGAAGAAUCGGCCGUUCGGCCGGCCGUCGUCGUCGGAUCGCGCUCCAAAAACGCACCGAAAACGAGUGCCGCCGGGUACUGCAAUCCGAUUGCGCGGUCCGGCUCGAACUACGAUAACAUAUUUAUGAACGCCAACACCAACACCCCGUUGCUGUCGCGCGUCUCGAAGCAGCAAACGGUGUGGACGAAUGCAAACUCGCCGAAGGCGCAUCUCUAUCAGCACCAUCAGCACCAUCUGCAGCACCAGCACCGGUACCAGCACCGGUCGGCAAGUCGCGAGCAGGACGAACCGCCGGAACACCGGGAGACAAGCCCUCCGCCACCGGCACCCGAAGGUGGCAGUGGGUACGACGGCAGUACCGGUAGCGUUUCCUCGUCGCUGUACGAUCGACGGCUCAACCGAUCGUUCGAGACGGCGCAAGGGCUAAACCGGAACUCGAAAAUAUCGCAGCUACGCCGGUCCACUCCGCAGCUCAAUGGCGUCGAUGGAGGAGGCCCUCGGCGCCUCGGCGGUGACGAUGACGACGACGACGACGAUCGGGAUGGCAGUGUCCUGAACGAGGAGGACGCAAACUUGCGGGGCGACGACACCACAUCCCGGAACUCGGUCUCGUGUUGCAACAAACUGUGGAUGUUUUACUGGCAACACCACCGAUAG